AAUGCCGUUUGCUUGGGAGCGGGGGACAAACCCGUCAGCGAAUAUAGAUCGGUUCUUUACUACCAGGUCAAACAGCCGCGUUGGAUGGAAACGUUAAAGGUAGCAGUCCCUAUUGAAGACAUGCAAAGGAUACAUCUACGCUUCAUGUUCAGGCACAGGUCUUCCCAAGAGUCUAAAGAUAAAGGAGAAAAGAAUUUUGCAAUGGCCUACAUAAGACUAAUGAAGGAGGAUGGAACAACUCUUCAAGAUGGCAUCCAUGAUUUGUUAGUUCUGAAGGGGGAGAGUAAAAAAAUGGAGGAUGCUAGUGCUUAUUUGACAUUACCUUCUACACGUCAACACGUAGAAAAUAAAGGAGCAACCUUAGUCAGGAACUCAAGUAUUGUAGGGGGCCUUUCAGUAAGCUCACGAGAUGCGUUUUAUAUUUCAACUCUUGUUUGUUCUACGAAGCUAACUCAGAAUGUGGGCUUACUAGGUCUCUUGAAGUGGCGUAUGAAGCCAGAGCUGCUUCAGGAGAACCUGGAGAAACUGAAGAUUGUGGAUGGAGAGGAAGUUGUGAAGUUUCUCCAAGACACACUGGAUGCCCUGUUUAACAUCAUGAUGGAACAUUCCCACAGUAAUGAGUAUGACAUCCUUGUCUUUGAUGCACUGAUAUAUAUCAUAGGACUCAUUGCAGACCGUAAGUUUCAACAUUUUAACACUGUUUUGGAAGCAUAUAUCCAACAACAUUUUAGUGCAACAUUGGCAUACAAGAAAUUAAUGACUGUUCUGAAGACUUACUUGGAUACCUCCAGUCGAGGGGAGCAGUGCGAACCUAUCCUAAGAACUCUGAAAGCACUGGAAUAUGUUUUCAAGUUCAUUGUUAGGUCAAGGACAUUAUUUUCACAAUUAUAUGAAGGCAAAGAACAAACAGAAUUUGAAGAAUCUAUGAGGAGACUCUUUGAAUCCAUCAACAACUUGAUGAAAAGCCAACAUAAAACUGCCAUUUUGUUGCAGGUUGCUGCCUUGAAGUACAUACCAUCCGUUCUUCAUGAUGUGGAAAAGGUCUUUGAUGCCAAGUUACUGAGCCAACUACUAUAUGAAUUUUACACUUGCAUUCCACCAGUGAAACUACAGAAGCAGAAAGUGCUCUCCAUGAAGGAAAUAGUACGCAGCAACCUUUUUAAAAAACAAGAAUGCAGGGACAUUCUGCUUCCUGUGAUUACAAAAGAGCUGAAGGAGUUACUGGAACAGAAGGAUGAUCAGCAGCUCCAGGUCCAAGAGAAGAAGUACUGUGUUGAAUUACUCAAUAGCAUCCUGGAGGUUCUGAGCUGUCAAGACCCUGCAUCAACUUAUGACCAUAUUCAAGAAGUAAUGGUACAGUUAUUACGCUCAGUGAACAGAACCGUUAUUACAAUGGGACGAGAUGAUCCCUUAAUUAGUCAUUUUGUGGCGUGCAUGACAGCAAUCUUAAACCAGAUGAACAACCAGCAUUAUUCAGUUUACAUUGAAACUUUUCAAACAAGUUCAGAACUAGUGGACUUCCUGAUGGAAACAUUCAUAAUGUUCAAAGAUCUCAUUGGGAAGAAUGUUUACCCUUCAGACUGGAUGGCAAUGAGCAUGGUACAGAACAGGGUAUUCUUGAGAGCCAUCAACAAAUUUGCAGAGACAAUGAACCAGAAAUUUCUGGAUAAUAUGAAUUUUGAAGUCCAACUGUGGAACAACUAUUUUCAUUUGGCUGUGGCUUUUAUUACCCAAGAUUCACUACAGCUAGAAAACUUUUCCCAUGCAAAAUACAACAAAAUCCAGAACAAAUAUGGAGAUAUGAGACGUUUAAUAGGUUUUGCUAUCCGUGACAUGUGGUACAAACUUGGUCAGAAUAAAAUCUGCUUUAUUCCGGGGAUGGUUGGACCCAUCUUGGAAAUGACACUUAUUCCAGAAGUUGAGCUACGAAAAGCCACAAUCCCCAUUUUCUUUGACAUGAUGGUGUGUGAAUAUCAAAGGACAGGAGAAUUCAAAAAGUUUGAAAAUGAAAUAAUUUUGAAGUUGGACCACGAGGUGGAGGGAGGACGAGGGGAUGAACACUACAUGCAGUUGUUUGAGUCCAUUCUUACAGAGUGUGCGUGCCAGUAUAGCGACAUUUUUAACUUGGUUGAAAGUUUUGUCAGCCUGGUUAAAGGCCUCUUGGAAAAACUGCUGGAUUACCGAACCGUGAUGAAUGAUGAGAGCAAGGACAACCGCAUGAGCUGCACUGUGAACUUACUGAAUUUCUACAAGGACAUUAACCGUGAAGAGAUGUAUAUCAGAUAUUUAUAUAAAUUGCGAGAUCUUCAUUUAGAUUGUGAGAAUUACACGGAAGCAGCCUAUACCCUUCUACUCCAUACGUGGCUCUUGAAGUGGUCAGAUGAACAGUGUGCACCCCAAGUCAUGUCAACAGAGUUCCAGUGCUCACAGACCUAUCGACACUUGAAAGAGAAUUUGUAUGAGAAGAUCAUAGAAUACUUUGACAAAGGAAAGAUGUGGGAAGAAGCCAUAUCCUUAUGCAAAGAACUUGCAGAGCAAUAUGAAAAGGAAGUUUUUGACUAUGAACUUCUAAGUAAAAACCUGAUUCAACAAGCUAAGUUCUAUGAAAACAUCAUGAAAAUUCUGAGACCUAAACCAGACUACUUUGCUGUUGGAUAUUAUGGCCAAGGAUUCCCCACAUUUCUAAGGAACAAAGUAUUCAUCUAUCGUGGGAAGGAAUAUGAGAGGAGAGAGGAUUUCCAGGCACAGCUGAUGAGCCAGUUUCCCAGCGCAGAGAAGAUGAACACCACCUCAGCACCUGGAGAGGAUGUGAAAAACUCUCCUGGUCAAUAUAUCCAGUGUUUUACAGUGCAGCCAGUCCUGGAGGAGCAACCUAGAUUCAAAAAUAAGGCAGUACCUGAUCAAAUCAUAAAUUUUUAUAAGUCCAACAAUGUGCAUCGGUUCCACUAUUCAAGACCAGUCCGAAAAGGAUCUGUUGACCCUGAAAAUGAAUUUGCCUCUAUGUGGAUUGAGAGAACAUCAUUUGUUACAGCAUACAAACUUCCUGGAAUUUUACGAUGGUUUGAGGUUGUCUCCAUGUCACAGACUACAAUCAGUCCUUUAGAGAAUGCCAUUGAGACUAUGUCCAUGACAAAUGAAAAAAUUUUGAUGAUGAUUAACCAAUACCAGAGUGAUGAGAACCUUCCUAUUAAUCCACUGUCUAUGCUUCUGAAUGGAAUUGUUGAUCCAGCUGUUAUGGGUGGCUUUGCUAAAUAUGAGAAGGCUUUCUUCACAGAAGAAUAUAUCAGAGACCAUCCAGAGGAUCAAGAAAAGCUGAAUAGACUCAAAGAUCUAAUUGCUUGGCAGAUACCUUUCCUUGGGGCUGGAAUUAAAAUUCAUGAAAGAAGAGUUUCUGAUAAUCUUCGUCCUUUCCAUGACCGUAUGGAGGAAUGUUUCAAGCACUUGAAAGUCAAAGUGGAAAAACAAUAUGGAGCCAGAGAACUGCCAGAAUUUGAUGACAAGAGAGUAGGACGGCCAAGAUCAAUGCUGAGAUCCUAUCGUCAGUUAUCAAUUAUUUCCCUGAGUUCCAUGAAUUCAGACUGCAGUACUCCAAUCAAAAUUGCUUCAGAAAGCUUUGAUCUGGAAGUAGUGCUACCAAAGCCAGUAAAAGCAGAAUCAGAGGAGGCUGCUCUGCAAAUUAAUCCUCACCCUGAAGUAAAGAUGAGAAGGUCCAAAAAAAGAACAAAAAGAAGCAGUGUGGUGUUUGCUGAUGAGAAGACGACACCUGAUAUUUCGAUCUCUGAAAUGAAAUGUCUGUCAAGGAAAUACGAGUUCAUGAGUGACACCAACCUGUCAGAGCAUGUGGUGGCACCUCAGAAAACGUCUGUCCUCAAGCAGAUGAGUUCUGUCAGUCGUUCUAUGCCAACUAUCCCAGGAUUAACUCUGUCCGUCAGCCCAUCCAUGGCACCUGAUGAAACAAUUGCAUCACAUAGGUUGAGUCAUCCAGUGUUUCCUUCCACCUCAGAUGGUGACAAGAAAACCUUCAAAAAAAAGAAAGUUAACCAGUUAUUUAAAACAAUGCGCAUUUCCAAAGUUCUAGAAGAUGGAAAGCAGUCUGUGGAGCAUCAUUUCAAAUCUUCAUCUACAGAUCUGUAA